AUGGAUUCGAACCCUGAUGUGGCCCAGUUCAUUCAGUCUGCAGCAACGCAUACAGAUGAAACUUGUAAACUAAUCGUACUUGGUCUGGAGGGGAUCGGCAAAACAACUUUGAUCAAUGAAGCAUGCGGAACACAUUUCAAUACAAGUGAUGGGCGUAGUGGAUGCAGCGUGAAAGAAAACCAAAAGGGUACGUUUCGUGUUGAUGGAUUCUCUCGUUGUUACGAACUCAUUGAUAUGCUCGGGAUCAAUUAUAAGAAUCCAGGUGAAUGGCAGAAAGCACUUCAUGGGCGUUCUGAAGUACAUGGUGUUAUAUUUUUACUUAGUGGUAUUAAUCCUCGUGAGAGUGCUCUUGGUGAACUACCUCGGAUCAAAGAUUACUGCUCCAAUCUGGACAUUCCUAUGCUAUUUAUUUAUCGUGAUGGAUUUCUUAACUUCGCACCACGUAUUAGAAUCUACGCUGACACCCAUGAAAUCGAGGUUGAUGAUGAAGAAGCAAUGUGCAAAAUAGUCAAGACUAAAUUUCUCCGCUAUCAAAAUCUGCAGGAAGUUAAAGGCGUUAUUGCACAAACUUUCGCAAAUGCUCAACAACUUCAUCAGCUACUUGAUCCCAUUGUUAUCUGUGGACAUGUAAAAAUGCUACGAGAAGAAAAUGAAAAUUUUAAAAUGGAAAUCAAAUCUCUGGAACAGAACCAUCGAAAUAUCAUGAAUGAGCAAAAGAAAGAAUAUGAUAAUCAAAUUUCAUUGCUCAACGAAUUACUAGUCAAAGCUGUACUAAACGUCAAAGAAUUGAAACAGACAAUUGAUAAGAUAUCCGAGGACAAUCAAAAGCAACUGCAGGAACUCAUCAAAGUGACUCAAUCCCUCAACAGCGAUAAUGAACAUCUUCGACUGAAAAAUGAGGAUCUUACCAAACAAAAGAGUGCUCUGGAAAAAACGUAUACAGAUUUGUACGAAGAAAAAGAUGCAUUACUCAUCGCUAUUCGAGAGGCAAAGAUAAAACGGCAACUGCUUGAAAUCGUCAAAAAUAAACUGGAUAAUGAAAUAGAUAAUCUGACACGGACCAAAGAUAACUUGGAGAAGGAGAAAAAUGUCUUGAAGAACAAAAAAUUACGCCAGCAACAGCGAAUGCGUCAUAUAGGCAAAAUAUGUUGA